AUGUCUGCGCCCUUUAGUAAACUCCCGGCCGCUGCGACCAUUGCCCCGACACCAUUUACUUCUUCCAUUCCCCAGGAUCAAUUGGACGAUCUCAGGACCCUACUCAAACUGUCCAAGAUUGCCCCACCGACGUAUGAGAACACCCAAACAGAUCGUCGCUUUGGUGUCACCUCCGACUGGCUGACCACGGUUCGAGAGAAAUGGCUGAAUGACUUUGACUGGAGAGCCUGUGAAGCCCGUAUCAACAGUUUCCCCCAGUUCACUGCGCAGAUCGAAGAUAUCAAACUGCAUUUUGUAGCCCUAUUCUCGGAGAAACGGGAUGCGGUCCCGGUGGUUCUCCUUCAUGGAUGGCCUGGGAGCUUUCUGGAGUUUCUUCCAAUGCUGCAGCUGUUCCGGGAGGAAUUUACUCCCAACACGUUGCCAUACCACCUGAUUGUCCCCUCACUCCCCGGGUACGCGUUCUCGUCCGGUCCUCCUCUGGACCGAAACUACUCCACAGAGGACGUUGCACGUGUGGUAGAUCGAUUGAUGGAAGACCUAGGGUUUGGGAGCGGAUAUGUCGCACAAGGGGGUGACAUAGGAAGCAAAGUCGCACGGAUACUCGCCGUGGACCAUGAUAGCUGCAAAGCUGUUCAUUUGAAUUUUCAGUACAUACCAUCCCCUCCCGGGGGAGACUCAGGCGAUAUCACAGAAGCCGAGAAACGUGGACUAAGUCGACGGGAGGAUUUCCUGACGCUAGGCCGAUCAUACUCAGACGAGCACGCUACAAGACCAAGUACCAUUGGCCAUGUUCUGUCCAGCAGUCCGAUAGCUCUGCUUGCAUGGUGUGGAGAGAAAUAUCUCGACUGGGUAGACGACCCGCUUCCUACCGAGACCAUUCUGGAGUUAAUCUCUCUAUAUUGGUUGACGGAGUCGUUUCCACGGGCAAUCUACCCCUAUCGUGAGCUAAUUUCCAUGGCUAAAGAUGCUCAAGCCUACAUGCGUCGGUGGUAUAUCCGUAAACCGUAUGGUUUCUCUUCCUUUCCCCGGGAAAUCAUGCCCCCGCCUAGAUCCUGGAUGAGAAUCACGGGAGAUCUCACUUUCUGGAAAGAUCAUGACAAGGGUGGACACUUUGCUGCGCUGGAGAGACCUAAGGAUAUGAAAGAUGAUUUGACCGAAUUUAUUGCGCUGGCUUGGUCGUGA